UCAUUCUUCACGUCAUUUGUGUCCAAAAUGUGAGCCUUUUUUGCAUUGAAUUUAUGCGCAAAUGCUUUGCAUUGAGUAUUGCAUUACAUCUGCCCUCAAGACUGUGUAUUCAAGCGAUUGUCUCAUCCAUUGAUUGUCUCAUUUCACUAAUCGGUGCUUCAAAUAUGGCGCUCACGAGUUCGCCCGCAUUGAUCGACAUCCAGAACAACGAGAUGUUCAUCAAAGAGGACCAAAACGACAUGAGGUUUAGGACCAGAAUCAACAAAAUUAAAGUUGGUCGCAUAGAGUUGGGAGACGUGACGCCGCAUAAUAUCAAACUUCUUCGGCGUCUGAAUCAAGUGAUAUUUCCGGUCAGUUAUAACGACAAGUUCUACAAAGACGUGUUAGAGGCGGGAGAGUUGGCCAAACUCGCGUAUUACAACGACAUCGUUGUCGGCGCCGUUUGCUGUCGGAUCGACACCUCGGAGAACAGUCGGCGCCUGUAUAUCAUGACAUUGGGCUGUUUGGCGCCCUAUAGACGUCUGGGCAUCGGUUCCGAAAUGGUUGAACACGUGCUGCAGAUCGUGGAAAAGGACGGAUCGCUGGACAGUAUCUUUCUUCACGUGCAGGUGAACAAUGAGGGCGCCAUCGACUUCUACAAGAGGUUCGGCUUCGAGAUCGUCGAAACCAAAGAGCAUUACUAUAAGAGGAUAGAGCCCGCGGACGCUCACGUCCUCCAGAAGACACUCAGAAUCAGUCAAUCGCUUAAAUCAAAUGGAGAACAAUAGGUCCGACACACGAAGACUUGCCACUGAUUUUCCACUUAAAAUCUAAUUGACUAGAAAUCUAUUUUUCAAUUUUAUUGUCUCUUUAUAUUCUUAAACAUCGAUUGUUUGCCAAAAGUUUGUUCACAAAUAUAUUGCAUUCAAUUAAUAAAUUGUAUGUUUUUAUAAAUAAAUUCAAGUCAUUGACCAUUAA